AUGCUUCGUGCAGCGCUCGUCACAAGAUUUUACUGCCAAGAAUUAUGUGCCAGGCACUCCGAAGCCGUGAUACGUAAUUCAACUACAAUCGACUUUGCUUCAACAGCAAGCCAAUUUACAGCUACCACAUGCCACAAUAUGCUCUCGACAGGCUUUACUAAUACCCCUGUGACACAAAGUUUGGUUUGUGGAAUUGUCGCUACAUCUCUCAUAGCAAGCAUAACAGAUAGCAAACACCUCUUUAAUAUUCAAGUGUCCCCACAUCUUUGGCCAUACCGACAGCUAUGGCGACUCGUAAUUUUUCAGCUCUGCUAUACAAAUUCUACUGAAACUCUUUUCGCGGCUGUAGGCUUGUACAACAUGCGGAUAAUUGAACGCCUAUGGGGCCCGAGAAAAUACGCUUCAUUUAUAUUUCUUUCUUUCUCCCUUAUGAUAUUCGUGCCUCCAAUGCUACUCGCCUUGAUAAUUCGACCACUUUCAUUCUACCAUAUCAAUUAUCUUCCCGCUGGUCCAACGACCCUUAUUUUUGCUGUUCUUGCCCAAUAUCACGCAGCCAUUCCUCAUGUCUAUAAAUAUCGAAUUGCUACAUCUGCGGCAACCGCGUCUAACGAAUCUUUUGUUGGACUCACAUUUUCAGAUAAAUCCUACCUCUAUAUUCUAGCAGGGCAACUUGCAUUAUCACAAUUCCCAGGAUCACUUAUUUCUGCAUGUGUUGGAUGGGCUGUGGGAUAUUCUUGGCGUAACGAAGUUCUGCCAAGUUGCCUGUAUAGAUGGAGGGUCCCGGGAUGGGUGGUCGGAAUCCGUAACAAUCAGAGAGCUGAAGAUUUUGAGGGUCUCCGACGGAGACUAGAGGGAGAAAAUACAAAUUUAGAUCCCGCUAUUGCCUCCGGUUCGGAUCGGGGACCAGGAGCUGAGUCUGGCAGAAGAAGAACCCUUGGGCGCCAACUGUUAGAUCAAGUUAGAGGCGCGUUUUGA